CCGUUUCUUAAGGGAGUAGACAGCUAGCUUAUCUGUGAUAAAUGAGUCAUUUGCGUUUGAUUUUGAGGUCGGCAGUUUCCCUCACGUUCAACGAUUACAGAAGACUCUCUUUUCUGCACACUUUUGAAGUUUCUUUGUAAACUUGGGUCCAUAGGUAGGCGCUAAAAACUGAGAACUCUGGAAAUUUGUUCACUGGACCUCAACGCAUACUAAUAGUAAGAUGAUCCUGCAAAUGGCUCCUCACCGAGUUCGUCUUGGCUGUACCAGUGUGUUUUAUCAUAGCGUCUUUCUUUUCCUCAUUGGUUACUUAGUUUCUCUAACAGGUUAGUCAGCUAUGUUUAAUUUUAAUACAGUUUCAGAGUAAAGUAGCAGUAAAGACAAUCUGUGAUAUAUUCAAACCCUUCAUUGUGGAGAGCCGCGGGGUUUCGGCAGCAUCUCUUUAGAAAUCUUUAUUUCUGAAGCGUGCCGAAAGACAAGACUUUGAAUGAGUUUCCUGCGGCGAUAAAGCGAAUAUUUUAUCCACACAAAAUCUUUGCGCAUUAUUUGCUCUGAAACAUUGUUUGAUAUUGAUAAUCUCUCUUUGGUAACAAUGUUUGGUUAAGGGUUAAUUUUUACUUAAAUAAGUUGUAAAUCUCUGGAUAAGUUUAUUACUUAGUUACUCUUUGUCAUUGCCAGCUUGACCGGUAUUUAUUCUAGAGUAAGGGCAAUUUUCUUCCCUGAUAAUUUGUUCUCUCUCAGACAUAUUGGUUCCUUAUGUGUGCGUAUGAAUUAUAAUUAAGAAAGAUAAGUUGAAUAAAAAUAAGCUUGUGAAAUCCGGCCGGCUGUGAAGUAAUGACACGCACGAAUUGCGUUGAACAGAUCGUUAGCUGUCUUGAAAAUUAAAAUUUCUCUUCUAGAAAAGAGCGAACAAAAAAUUCCAUAGAAUCGUCCCUUUAGUUUUCUAAACAGUUUUUGAAUCACUUAGUCAAAAGGAUAUGCUACUAAGUGACAAAGAACGAUACAUCUCUGCUUGCUAUAUAUAACCUCGAAUCGCGUGAGACGAAUAAUAUUAGACAGAACGGGUGUAAUAUAAUUACUUGAACUCGAGAACAUUUCCAAAAGUGUUUUCCUUCAAUUUCUCUCUUUAAGCAACAAUCUGUUGUGCAUAAUGUUUUCAUGGACUGGCAAUAGGAACAGGAGCCUCAAGCCCCUAUUGUCAGGAACCUUCAUUAACCCCCGGUAGUAAAUUCAUACUUGAGUAUAUAUUUAUUCAUGAUUAUCAAAGUUGCAAAUUUUAUUUAAUGUGUCAUGAAAAAGAUUUGUGAAACUAUGCUUUGGUAACAGUCAAUCUUAGUGACACCUGUAUGGUGCUGAAAGAAUGUUUUUGAAAACCCAUCAUUUAAGUUGAAGAGUGGAAUCUAUUUUCUCUGAAAAUAUUACAUUUGGAUGUUAAAGGUUCCAUGGAUUACUCAAAUUUAUUAGUUUCAAAGAGGUUUGAAGGUAUCCCAUCUGAUUUCUCAAUUUUUAAUGGGAGAAGACUUGAAAGGUCCCACCUUGUUUAUCUUGGUGGUGAAGCAAAAUUUUCCAUCUGAGCAGCAACAGGGCUUAAGUCUUGAUGAUUACUGGGAUGAAACCUGCCAUGCCUUGAACCUCUGACAAAAGUUGUCUUAUAAACUGUUCCAGCCUUAAUUAUCAUCUCAUAUAAAAGUGCUUGUAAUGUACUUCAUAUCAAGACAAUAUCUUAUAUGUUGCCAGCCUGUUUGAAGUUUUACUCUCCUUCCUUCUAAGCUUGGAUAAUCCUCUCCCACACCUACCAAAGGUAGAACACUGAUAUGAAGAUAAUUAUUCCUUAUAGGUCCCUUAAGAAGACUUUAAAAGAAACAUUUAUUCUUCACAUUAUAUGAAUAUUUAUUUUUUCUUAUUGGGAUUUGAGAGUUAUGGAAAUCAACUGAAAUCAUGAUGUGUGAAUUGCCCUCUGAUGUGGUGCUGUUUCUUUCUUGACAAAGAACAGUGCUCAGCAUAAUAUAUUAAAGGAGUUCUUUUGUGUCUUACAGAAUCUGAUUAAUUUAUUCUCAGAAUUUUACCAUAGUAUCAUUGCGCAACAACCUCAAACUGCCCAUUUGACUGUUAAGCUUAAGGGCAAAAAAAUGUGUUGAAAAAUAGCCAAAGAUUAUGAGGGCAGAUUUUUAUUUGAAGAUCUUGUAAUUUUAAGCAAGAAAAUGUGGUCAGAGGAUUUAGAUAAUCAAACUUUUAAGAAAGGGAUGUUAUAUUCUCUGGAAAAAUGUAAAUAUAAAUAGGGAGUUUUCAGUGCUUAAACCAUUCCAUGUAUGGUCAAGUUUUCUUGCUUUAAUCUUUGGGCAGGACUAAGGAUGAGUAAAUUGUGUGCCUUCAGAUAUGGUGCUUAAACGCAACCUUUCCUUCCUGUGUUCUACUUACAGCAGAAUGAUGUAGCAUACUUUUCUCAGAGCUUAAAAAUCAGUAGCUACCUUCUGUUAAACCUUUUAUUCCCAAAGAUAUAGCAAAAAGUGAUAUUAAUUCAUUUUCAAGGGGAAGGUUAUGAGGAGAUAGCAAAGCAUCAGCUGGAGAAUAUUUUGCGAUUGAACACCAAAUUUUCAGAUCUAACAUUAUGAGAGAUGUUUGGCAGACAUUGCAGAGAAUUGAUAGUUAGAUCAAUAUAUUGAAAUUAUGAUUGGAGUUAACCUCAGACAUGACAUUAUAGUCUAGUACUUACAGUGUACUGUUACUCAUUUUAACAAAAGAAAUACCAGCAUAAUUAUUCAUUGAUCUAAUGGUACAAUAACUAUAUAUCUUUAGCCAUGUUAAAAAUUAUGUCUGGUUGUCAAGUUUUUAGAAAAUGUUUGAUAUUAUGUGAUAAAACAUAUUCAUUUAAUAUUAAUAGUCUUUCAAAAAGUGUAAUGGUCAUAUAAGAUAAAAUUUUGUGGAAGCAAAGCCAAUGUCAUGCUAGAUGUGACCUUUUUCAGUGGUCCUUCACCUGUCUAAAUAGUGUUAGGGGGAAGUGGAGAGAGAGGUACAUGGCUUCCAGGGUCUCUCUACUUUCCCCCAAGAGAAUUACUAGAAUUUGUCAUUUUCCUUUAAAAUGCCAACAUCUUGUCAAGCAGAAAGAUGAUGUACUAAAAGAUAAAGUUUGAUUUAUUACCACAUUCUUAGAAUGGAAAUUAUGAGAAAUGUAAAGCAGACAGUAAGGAGAGUUAAUAUUGAGAUUCUGGGAGAGAAAAGGUUUGAAAGGGUACUAAAUUAUAAUUUCUUCUCUGUUGCAGAUGGAAACUGUGGUCACAUCAUCUUUACAGAAAGAACUGGAGAAUUAAAAACUCCAGAUUACCCAAAGCCAUAUCCAAGUCAUUCAAAAUGCUCCUGGUUGAUAAAGGCACCUUCAGGAUACAAAAUCAAAUUACAGUAUUUUGAUUUUGUGCUCGAAAGAAGUUUUGAUUGCGGUAGUGAUAAUGUUAAGAUUUAUGAAGGGAAGAACAGUUCUGCCACACUUAUAGGAAAGUAUUGUGGAAAUAAAAAUCCAUUUAAUGUGGAAACACCAAGAAGUUACAUGUAUAUCACAUUCAAGUCUGACAGAUCUUUAAAUUAUCGUGGAUUCAAGGCCUCAUUUGUCAUGGAAGCAAUGAGGCCCAUAAAAUCUAUGAUUUUUAAAAGAACAUUGAUGGAUACCACUGUCAGAGUUGUUGGGCAACAGGUUAAAUUUACUUGCCAGGUCAAAGAUGGAAGUCUAAAUAUUGUUAUUUCAUGGACGAAAGAUGGAAAAAGCUUGAGUCAGAGUAAAUCAAACUUUACCAUGAUCAAAAACAGUUCUUACAACAAGAAAUCAACUCUGUUGUUGACCAGAGUGUCAAAACAUGAUGCUGGAGAGUACAACUGCACAGUGGAGGACAUUGAUAUGGGGAGAAAAAUCUCUUCCUCUGGAAGCCUUCUUGUGAAAGGUACAUGUUCUACAGAGCUCAUUCAUUUUUGAGCUUUGAAAUCAGAAGACUUUGACCAAGCUUUUUGUGUUUUCUCUGACCAUAGAAUAAAAAUUUAGGUCCAAAAUUUUUUUAAGCAAUCAUUCUGUCAUACUAUUGGUUGCCCUGUUGUUCUCAGAAAAAUAAUUUGUUUUUCUUAACUCACCAAGGUGUACCAUCUUAAUUGUGAUAAAUAAAUGUGAAAUAAUACUUUCUCAACUUUGAGGAAAAGAUAUCAAUCCUCAUUUCUUUAUGACCAAAAUUGAAAAUAAGUGCACAUUAAUUAAAGUUCUUUUUUUUUCUUCUGAAUUUUUAGAAGCAGCCAGCAUAAAAGAGGGCCCCUCUACCAUGAAUGUCUCAACUGGUGACACUGUUGUUAUGAAUUGCCAAGCCUAUGGAGAUCCCAUUCCUAGGAUACGGUAUGGCUUUGAAUCAUUCACAGAUCAUAAUGUAAUGUAGUCUGCAUUUGCAAUGUUACAAAGAUGUAAGGAAGAAACCUUUUUUUUAAUUAGAAGAGAUGCUAUGAUAAGCUCCAUCAGUGAGGGCCACUUAUAUAUUAGCCCAAUGUAUUAAGUAACAUGUUGUUUCAUUUUCAUUUUGCUUUUGGUUUCUUUUUUUAAUUGCAUUAACAGUUGGAAAGUCAAUGGAGAAGAAAAGACAACAAUGGCCAUCCAAAAGAACUUCACCUCUCAGCUGAAAUUCACAGCAGACAUAAAUGCAGUUGUGAACUGUACAGCAGCCAAUCAGUUUGGAAUGGACUGGAAAGCUACAAAUAUUGCUGUAACAGGUUAGAAUUAACUUAAGGUUUGGCUGAUUCUUUCUGAUGAUGUGCUCCAUUUCUAGCUGAGCUGAUUCCAGUUUUCAUAUUGUGAAGUCACCGGGAGUGUUGUCUCCUCCCCCCCCUCCCAGACAGGAUACGAGUGCGAUGUGCGAUGCCAUUAACAAAUUAAUGUAGAUGCUGUAAUUUAAUCAGACUUUAAACACCUGUAAAUUGUCAUUGACAAUUAAUGAUUUAUUAUAUCUUAAUUUAUUUCAUUAAGCUCCUGUGAUACUUACCACUGUGACAGAUGAUGACUCAACAACUUCUGCACCCACCUGGUCUUCACCUGUGAUAACUAUAGUGCCAGCCAAUUUGACUGCAGAGCUGGGAGCUAAUGUGACAUUAAAAUGUGCUGCAGAAGGAGAUCCUAAACCCAAGAUCAGGUACAGUUUGUGCAAUGGAAGUGCACUAAGAAUGCAUAGUAGAUACAUAUAUUAGUAAAUUGUUUUCAGUGAGUUUGUUGUGAAUGGCAAGCAAUUUUACCAAAAUUACCUCAAGCAUCUUUUCUUUGACUUCCGUGUACAUUUGUGUAUCCUCACUACAUGUACAUUUAUUUAUUAAGAUUCAAGAAUUAUUGUUCAAAGCAUUCUCAUACUUAGCCAGGCUACAGUCUGGCAAAGUGGUCUUAAUAAACAAUUUUUUGCCAUUCAGUGAUGUAUCAUGGUUUGCUUCUUUGUUUAGAUGGCUGACAGAGGGUAAAUAUUACGAGGACUUACCAGAAGAUGAAAAUGGAGUAUCUCUCUUCACUCUCACAGUUAUUAAAGACAGGACAGCUAUACAAUGUGAGGCAAAAAAUAAUCACAACAUCGACUCAAAGACAGCCUACAUUACAGCUGCUAAAGGUAACAAAUUUUCUCAUUUUCCAAAUCUUUGGUUCUAAGGGGUAACAUGGUACUAGUUAAUAUCAAGGUCUAAUAAACAUGCGUUUCAUUUCCUUGUCAAACAUAGUCCAAAUCUCAGUCAUCCCAAACUUGUUGAGCGACAUUGUUCCACUUAAUAAAUGAAUGUCCUAUGCUUUCAUUUCUCUGCCAAUUAUUGAAAGCCCAAGUUUUUUAAAGAACAAGACUCACUCUGAAUUUGAAAUUUAUGUCAAAAGUAUAUGAAAAAUGACCUUGUUCUAUCUAGAAUUACACAAUAUGUCAUUUAUUUUAAUUUUAUUUUUUAGUUGAUGCAGCUGUGGAGUCUAAUCCAUCAUCAGGAGUUUCAACUCAGUUGACCAUUAUUUUGGUCACGGCAUUUGUUGUGUUAGCUGUCUUGUUCAUCCUGUGUGGGGUCCUUGUCAUGAAUCGCCGUGGCAAUUUCAAAAUGAAAAACUUACCAACACCUGUUGAUUUGGAGAACUUACAAAAUAAUCCAAUAUAUGAGCAGCACACAAACUAUUAUGUCAACCCACAGCUACUGAAUUGGCAGGUAUCAAGAAACGGGAUGGAAUUCAUCAAAGAACUGGGACAUGGAAAUGGUAAGUUGAUUAAAAUUUUGCCAAGUCUUUCGUUGCUUUGAAAACAAGUGGAGAUAAUUUGCUGUCAUAUCAGCAUAACACUCCCUAGCAAUGCAGUUGUUUAUUUUGAUUGCCUUCUUCAGGACAGCAUGCAUAUUAAUUACCCUUUUUCAUUUACAGGAAACUUCUCAAGCCUCUUUCUUGCCAGUGUGAAUGAAACCAAAGUGGAAAAUGACAAGGAAAGAAAAGGUCCACUCUUUAUGGUGAAAUUGCUCAAAGAAAAAUACUCUUUGGAAGAGGAUAGAAGGAACUUUGAGAAAGAUGCUAUUACCCUGACCACAUUUAGCCACCCAUAUGUGCAAAAUUUGUAUGGUGUCUGUGUGGACAGCCCGCCUCUGUGCCUUGUGUUUGAGUUUUCAGAGCAUGAUGAAUGCUUGCAGCAAUUUCUCAUUGAAUCAGGCCGUGGUCAUUGUUCAAUCCAUCGACGCACUGAUAUACAAAAUGCCAAACCAAAGCUGUCAAACAUAGAUCAGAUAUCCAUUGCCAAGCAGAUAGCAAGUGGUAUGGAAUACUUAGCAGAUAAGGGUUAUGUCCACAGAGAAUUGUGCACCAAGAACUGCAUCAUGGGCAAAGGAAUGGUAGUCAAGAUCUCAAACCUGGGUUUCUCUUGGAAAGGUCCAAAUAGUGAUUACUUCUCCUUGGGAUCCACAGAGCGAGCUGGCUACCCUGUGAGAUGGCUCCCCCCUGAAACCCUCCAGUAUGGUGUAUUUGAAGAGGAUACUGACAUCUGGUCAUUUGGUGUUGUAUUAUGGGAGAUUUACUCUAGUGGUUUAACGCCAUACUAUGGAAUGAAUGAUGAUGAAGUUAUUUCUUUGGUGAAUGGUGGAGACAUUCUUCCUUGUCCAAAAGAGUGUCCCAAAGAAAUGUAUGAAAUUAUGCAAGGCUGCUGGAAGUUGAUGCCAACUGAGAGGCCAAGGUUUAACUGCAUUCAUCACCAGAUCUCAUCACUUUUCAAUGGAGUGCCUGUGUAACUGUGUUGCUUUCCAGUAACAAUGAUUUAUUUAAGAUAAGGGCUGCAGAAAUGUUUAUGAGCACCACAAUCAGAACUUCUGAUUGAAAUAACACUUCUGACAAUUUGCUGUUAAUAAGUUCAUACUGAGGAACAAUUGAAGAAUGUUUGUUAAAGGUUCUUUAAUUAGAUUGCAUAUGAAUACUUUGCAUAGUGUCUUAAUUAAUAAUGUCUCAGACUUGAUUUCAUUAAGUCACAGCUUUGGGACCUGCAUGAUGAGUUAACCCACAAAUAUAAUUUUUCUAGUUUAGAAAGUAAAUUUACCUUUCCAUUAAAAUACAUAUUUAUAUAUUUUUGUAUAUUUUAUUUCAAAAAAUUAAGAUUGCCUGUUAUCUGUAAAUUGAUUAGUUAUUGUUUGUUGACUGAUGUUGGCAGAGUUUUUGUACCUUGUUUCUAUCAUAGCUUUGUAGUAAUUAAUCACUUUGUAUGUUUUGUCAAGGGUUGAUGGACAGGUGGUAAAAGGGACCUGUUCUUUACUUAAACUGAGGUAUGAAAAUUGAAAUUUACAAGACAGUUUAAAGCGGAUGAGUAUUGAAAAGAAACUUAAACAAUGUUGCGUGUUGUAGAGUAAACAGUGGCAAAAUAGAGACUUGCAUUAUCUAAGUAUGACAUACCUAUAUCUGUUUAUUUUUUAAAAAAAGAACUGCAAACAAUGUUAAUAUUUAAUAUAAGUUUAAAGUAGGUCAAAUCAUGUAGUGCUGUUGGGAAAUGCUCAAGGUUGCCUCGCUUUUCCAGUUAGUGGGAUUUGUUUGGAUUACCUGGUUUUUACUUGGGUUGUCCAAUGUAAGAACAUAUGAAAAUAAAAUUAUGGUGGAGCAUUUUCUGAAGCAAAUUAUGUUGAGGAAGAUUUCAUUCAAGGGACAGAAAUUGAGUACAGUUGGGUUGAACCAGUACAGUUUAUUGUUGAGUG